UGUUAUGCUGUAAUAUCGCAGCAAGGAGGACAAAUCUGACUUCCGUUGCAUUAAAAAAAACGUUAUGGCGAGCAACAAAAUAACACCGAUGGAGCCCACCCCGGGUAAAAGUCCCUCGUCGUCCACGGAAUCUCUGAACGAAUCACAGCUUAAUGCUGUCAUCAUGGACAUGCUGCAUGUGAAUGAGAAUUGGAACAGAUGCGAGAUACUUUGUCGAGGAAAUCCCAUUACGGACGCCGGUAAGAGAUUGCACAUGUUCAAAAUGUUGACAGUGGUGCUUGUCCCCGUGGUAGUGCUAACAGGUAUGACUGCCAAUACCUUCAUCGUCUCCCUUGACAACUACAUAAGUUUGUCAAACAUCCGGAAUAUCCUCUAUUUCAGCAUCGAGUUAGGGUGGCUCUUACGUAUGAUGCAGCGAGAACGUGACAUUAGUGCUCUUUACAUAAGUAGUAAGAGUCCUCAGACAAAGGAUUUCUUGUUAAAUCGAUAUCCGGAUACAGAUGUUGGACUCCAGAAUCUGUCAUUCUGGCCCACCAGCGAGACUAUCGUCAGACGAGAAUUCCAAACAAAAGAGAGCUUUCUGUCUUAUCUCAACCGUCACCGAUACCAGCUUGAGUCUUACAACCGAACAUCCAAAGACGAGGUGGCUUUCUACUCAGAUAGUAUCGAGGUCUUCAUAAAGUGGUUAUACCAAGCAAUAGUGGAAGCCCGAUCUGGUACAGUUUGGCCAACGCUGGUUGCAUAUCAAGAAAUUGUAGUAGCCAGUGAGUACUUUGGCAGAGAAAGAGGGCUAGGGGUAUCGUUUUAUGCUAUAGGUGGCUUUCUGACUCGAGAUGAAUAUCUUGACUUUGUUGAGAGUCAGGAUAUUGCAAACAUUACGUUUGAAUCUGCAAGGCGAUAUUCUGAGCUAGCUUACAGUAUUUAUGAAGAUACUCUUUUGCGAAAUUCAAGUGUAAUCCAGCCUAUCAAUGAAAUGAGAAGUGAGAUAAGAAGCAAUCGGAGUUCAGCUGUGAAAGGUUCCUUCAAAUAUGCAAACUGGUGGUUCGAAAACAUGACUGUAUACCAAGACACUCUCCGUGAGGUACAAAUCCGCCUCGCUUCAGAAAUUGAUGAAAUCCUACGUAUGGAAGCAGAGGAAGACUUGAGAAAUAUAGUUUUUAUUUCAGUCGUAUUUGGGAUCAUUCUUAUUCUUUGCCCUCUGAUCGUCUUUGCUGUGUAUUCACUAACGUCUGAGAUCCAGAAGUACUCUAUUUCGAUUGCUAACCGUACAAAGGCUCUCAAUAAAGAGAAGAAGCGAACCGACACUCUUUUGUACCAGAUGUUGCCAAGAUCCGUUGCUGAACGACUGAAAAGAAACGAGGAAGUUGGGGCCGAACAUUAUCCAGAUGCUACUGUUUUAUUCAGCGAUAUAGUGGGGUUCACGCAAAUUGCUGCACAGUGCUCGCCAAUGCAAGUGGUUGACAUGUUGAAUAGUCUCUACCUGUGCUUUGACAAGCGACUGGAAAUGUUUGAUGUGUAUAAGGUGGAGACCAUUGGAGACGCAUAUAUGGUAGUAUCUGGUGUACCCAAGCUGAAUGGCCGACGUCAUGCUGCUGAGGUGGCUACCAUGGCCCUUGACAUUCUGGAACACAUUGACCGUCUGGAGAUCCCUCAUCUUCCCGGGACAAAGUUUAAGCUGAGGAUCGGUUGUCACUCGGGUCCUGUCGUGGCUGCUGUGGUUGGUACAAAGAUGCCUCGAUACUGUUUAUUUGGUGUGACAGUCAGUAUAGCCUCUAUGAUGGAAUCCCUUGGAAAAGCAAAUAAAAUUCACAUAAGUGAGACCAUGCACGAUCUUCUGCGUGACCUGGGUGGCUUCGUCCUGAAGCAGAGACAAGAUCUUCCUGUGAUGAUGCAAAGUGACCUGACGAACAGCUUUCGUGGAAAAGUCAGGACGUAUUGGCUUCAGGACCAUGAAGGGGGACAUCGUCAAAGUUCUUUCAGCUCGCUUUCUUCCGGAGAAUCGCGGUGAAGUGAUGAUAUGUUAGAAUUUCUGGUGUUAUUGCCUUCUUUCAGCCUGAUAUACGUACAGUCUUAAAAUUUAGUAGUAAAACACAGAAAGUACAUUAUGACCUUGAUGUUUAAACAAGGUCAUUAGUCUUCUUUUCUUCUUUUUAUGUUUCGUUUGGUUGUUGUGCACACUUGUUAUCCAAUUAUCGAUAUGAUCGUAUGAUAUGUAGCAUGGUGUUAGAUGAACGUAUAGAAUAUGUGCCUAACAUCAGGUGUAAUCAAUCAAUAAGUUUAAAUCAAAAAAAAAAAAAAAAGAGAGAGAGAAAAAUAGAAUCAACAAAAAAAACUUCAGGAUGUUAAACUGGGACCAGGUCAUAUACGCCGUUUUGUCUUUGUCGAAGGCCUCUGUGUAUACCUUUCUUUUCUUGAAUUUAAUGCAUCACUAAAUUUAAUGCACGUGUAAAUAUACGGUAUUAUCGUAAUAGUUGAUAGAUUAAUAAUUAUUUGAUAUUUUAAUCUUGCUAGUAACAAGUAUUUUCAUUGGCUUAAAAACAAAGUAAUCAGCCCAUUAUUUUUUUCAAAUUUUAGCAGUCAAAGAGUGUACAAUAGAUAAAUCCUUAGGUUUAACAUUAAGAUAUGAUUAUAUUUUAUUAUUAUUAUUAUUAUUGGGGUUUUUUUUAUUUGUUUUGUUGUUUUGGUGUUUUUUAUUAUUUUUUGUGUGUGUGUUUGUGUGUUUUGGUUUCAUAACGUAAAAUUAUAUAUUUAAGAGUAAAAUAUUUAAUAAAUCGUUUUUCUUACGAUAUUUGUCUGUUAAAUACAAUGCAUAGUGAGGAAGUUUGUAUUCGUGUGAGGCUGUAUGUGAGAGUGUGUGAGGGUGUGUAAGUGUGGAUGUGUACAUAUCACUUAUACUGUGUGUCACGUGAUUUAUAUUGUAACACGUUCUUUGCAUCUCAAAAAUAAUUGCUGAUAUCAAUUGCUAGUUUGUUUUUUUGUUUUUUGUUUUUUGUUCUUUUUAGAUGGAUUAAAAAUUGGAUGUACACAUAAAUAUGGUAAAAUUUUAUUAUGCAAAUGGAAAAUCGCAGACACUGGUGAAUUAGUUUCUGAGGAAAAAAGCCUAACGUUAAACCUUUAUCCAGAAAGAAAAAUUUUCGUAUGGUUUCCGAAUUUAAGCAACAUGAAAAAUUAACAACAGAAAAAAAUGUCUGGGAGUCUAAAGAAUAACAUAAAAUGACGUUACAAGUUGCAUUAUUGGUAAAAUUCACGUCACAUGAUAUUUUGCAUUAAUUUGGUAUUGCUGCUUGAAAUGUUUAAAGCUUUAUUGAAAAUAACACGCUAAAAUGUUUUAUGAUACUACUCUUUAAUCUAUGUCUUAUUUCCAUACUAAAAGUUUUAGUGUUUUAUAAUGUCGAAAAGUCGGAACAGAUUUUUGGAACACCCUGUAUAUUUAUUUUGUUUGUGAAGGCAGGUCUCUUUUUGUUUCAGAGAUACAACAUUUUAAGAAGAUCUUUAUUUUAAUAGAUAUGUAUCCAAAACAAUAAGAGGUAUUUAUAAAAGAAAUAAAGAUAUGCCAAUCAUAGGUCAUGGUAUAUUUGUUAACAAAUCAUACGAGAUAUUCGUUAAUGUUUAAGGAAUUUCUGUAAAGAUACAUCUGCAGAUCUGCGUGAUAUAUCUUAAACUUGACUACAUCUUAUAAAGGUACACAUAAGAUAUCCUGGCGCUCUCUCACAAAUUAUGAUUUUUACCCGUAGAUGAAGGGUUUACACAAGAAUUGCUAAAAACAGCAUUAAAACUGUACGACCUUUAUACUAGGUAGUUGAGGGAUUUAUGAGAUGUACCGGAAUAUUGCUCUAGAUAUUUGAGCCGCUGUUAAGUGUACCGUAUACAUGUAUCCUUCAGUUGUUGCUACUACUCGAAUGUCUACUUUAUAUUCUCUGUCAGUGACAACGUAAUAAAUUAGAGUCUAAUACAAAUGAAUAUUCAUUUGUAAAUUUUUGUGAUUUUUGUGCAGAAAUGGAUAUUUUUAUUUGUAUUGUGAUGUAUUUUCAAUGCAGUUAAUAAAGAGAGGUUUUAGCUACA